AUGUCCCUACCAAUAACCGAGAAGCAACAGACAGCCGGAGGAAUUGUUUAUCCUGCCCACCCAGCCUUUUACAUCGCGACAUAUAUAUUCUUCUCGAACCUGACUAUUCUCUUCAACAAAUGGCUGAUAGACACUGCAGGGUUUCCGUACCCUAUAUUUCUGACAUGCUGGCACAUGGUCUUCUCUGCCAUCGCUACGCAGAUCCUGGCACGAACCACACGGCUGCUUGAUGGGCGAAAACAUGUUGAAAUGACGGGUCGCAUGUAUUUGCGGAUCAUCAUCCCAAUUGGCCUUCUUUACAGCGGCAGUCUCGUCUGCAGCAAUCUGACCUACCUGUACCUGAGCGUACCAUUCAUCCAGAUGCUCAAGUCCAUAUCCCCCGUCGCAGUCCUACUCACCAGCUGGGUCUGGGGCGUUGCCAGUCCAUCUUGUUCGGUUCUCUUCAAAGUCCUCGUCAUCGUCUCCGGCGUCGCGCUAGCUAGCGCCGGCGAGAUUCAGUUCCAAUGGAUCGGCUUCUGGUGCCAGAUGAGUGCGAUUGGCUUUGAAGCAAUCCGUCUGGUCAUGACCCAGGUCCUGCUCUCUGGAGAUGGCCAGAAGAUGGACCCCAUGGUCAGCCUGUACUACUACGCCCCCCGUGACUUCGUCAGAGUCGGACCACUUAUCUUGAUAAUCAACGCUUCCGUGGCCUUCCUGCUGAAUCUUGCCAGCCUGUUUCUGAUCGGAAAGACAAGCAGCUUGGUGCUGACAUUGACCGGGAUUUUCAAAUCCAUCCUCCUUGUCGUGGCCGGGGUAUUAGUCUGGGCCUCACCCAUCAGCCCGCUCCAACUAUUCGGCUACAGUUUGGCACUCGCGGGCCUUGUAUCCUACUCUGUGCCGCUUGAGACCAUACAAGAGUUUGUGGUAGAGAUGAGAAAAGGGCUCGUGACAAUUUCGCCAUCGUCGCCAUAG